AUGGCAGCAUCGAUUCUGGAGGAGGAAGCACGCUAUGGCUCCAGUCCUCUGGCUAUGUUAACUGCCACCUGCAAUAAGUUCGGAAGCACAAGCCCAGUGAGAGACUCCGCCACGCCCGGGAAAGCAGGCAACAUAGCCCCAGGAAAGAAGCUCUACACCAUGACCACGGACCUCCAAGCACCCAAGAACGGCCGCAACGGCGACGGUCUGCCAGACUCCUACGCUGCCUCCUUCGGCGUCGGAGGGGGUCUCCUGACCCCCACGGGUAGCCCACCGCCCCAACCAGGGGGGUACAGCUCAGAAUACAGCCCCUUCUCCCACUCCUUUCAGACGUCCGCUGGAUCGCAGGACCCCUCGCUGCUGGUGAGUAAAGCCCACGCCACUGCAGAUUGCCUGACCAGCGUCUACACCUCUCUGGACAUGACCCACCCGUACGGCUCAUGGUACAAAGCGGGCAUCCACCCCGGGAUCACGACAGCGCCCUCCAAUGCCACGUCGUCCUGGUGGGAUGUGCACCCCAACUCCAACUGGCUGAGCCCAGCGCAGGCCCAGCCCGAUGGCCUUCAGGCCUCUCUGCAGCCCGUGAACCCACAGACCUCCUUGAGCCCCCAGCUGCCCAGCUACAGCUCCGACUUCACCUCCCUGAACCCGGCCCCGUACCCCUCAGUGGGACUGAGCUCCUCCUCGCACCUGCUGCAGUCCUCCCAGCACAUGCUACAACAGGACAUGUACAAGCCCAAGCCCGUGCCCAUGGAGAGCCCCAUGGGUCUGAAGCCCACCCGGGGCACCGGAGGCUACGGGGGCACCACCACGGGCAGGUCAACUUGCGACUGCCCCAACUGCCAGGAGCUGGAGCGCCUGGGGGCCUCGGCCGCCUCCCUGCGCAAGAAGCCCGUGCACAGCUGCCACAUUCCGGGUUGCGGCAAGGUGUACGGCAAAGCCUCGCACCUGAAGGCCCACUUGCGCUGGCACACGGGCGAGCGCCCCUUUGUUUGCAACUGGCUCUUUUGCGGCAAACGCUUCACCCGCUCGGACGAGCUGGAGAGGCACGUGCGCACGCACACGCGCGAGAAGAAGUUCACCUGUCUGCUGUGCAACAAGCGCUUCACGCGCAGCGACCACCUCAGCAAGCACCAGAAGACCCACGCCGAGGCCAGUCUGCAGGGCAAGGGCGGAGAGGGAGGGGAGGCAGACCCCAGGGCAGAGGAAACCACUGACCCCAACAGCACCACCUCCACUGCUGCUGGGCCGGGGGGAACGGUCCCAGACCCCACCACUAACGGAGAGGAGAAGAACAGCACGGGCAACAGCGUUGAGACGAGCAGCGGACUGCUGGAGAUCUGACUCGACGUGACUUGCAGUCAGGUCUGCUGUUCUAAUGGUGCUAAGGCGGGAGGGCAGAGGUGUGGGUUUUUUUCUGUGAAGGAGGGGAGAGAACAGGAAAGACAUUUAUGUGUUCAGAAAUAGAUUUAAAUUUUUCUCUCUCUGGUACUGUGAGCCAGAAACAAGAAAUUGGAGAGAUGUAAGCCAGCAACUUGCGAAAAGCCAAGAGACUUUAGCAUCGGCAAAGUUGCUGGACAUUAAGGAAACGCCACACACUUAUACACACACACACAGACGCACACAGACAUACACAAACACACGUACACACACACAAGCACACCAGCAUGUGCCACUAAAUCACUGGGAGAGCCUCUUAUGAAGACAUUAAACAAUGGUAAAUUUGGGAAUAUUGAGUGUCAAACAUAUCACUCAACAACUUUUUUUGGCAUUUUUCACUGAAACAGUCUUUUGUGAAAAUACAGAUUUGCAAUUGUAUGUUUUUGUGUAAUAUAUACAGCAUAAUUUCAUUAUGAAGGACCAAGCUGUUAACAGAGUAGCAGAGUUGAUCAUGCUCAUCUCAGUGACUGAACAGUUGCUGAUAAUGUGCAGUUGUUGUUCUUU